AUGAAGCCCAUCCCUCUGCUGACACCGUACAAGAUGGGCGAGUUCCAACUCUCCCACCGCGUCGUGCUGGCGCCGCUGUCGCGGCUGCGCUCCUACGGCGGCGUGCCGCAGCCGCACGCUGCCGUGUACUACUCGCAGCGCGCCACCCCCGGCGGGUUCCUCAUCUCCGAGGCCACGCUUGUCUCCGGCUUGCCACAAGGGCGCCAGGAGUCGUCGUCGUUCAGGGACGUCCCGGGGAUCUGGGCGCAGGAGCACGUCGACGCGUGGAGGCCCGUUGUGGACGCCGUGCACGCCAAGGGUGCCGUCUUCUUCUGCCAGCUCUGGCACGUCGGCGACAGAGUCGUUGUCCGGCCGCAGCAGGUGAGCCCGCAGAUGAGCUUCGACGGCCGCCGCGAGGAGCUGUCCUCGCCGAGGAGGGUGACGGCCGAGGAGGCGCCCCGCGUCGUCGACUGGUUCAGACGCGCCGCCAGGAACGCCGUCGAUGCCGGUUUCGACGGCGUCGAGAUCCUCGGCGCCAACGGUUACUUCGUCGACGACGGCCACGUCGGCAGCGCCGGUCUGGAGAGCCGCUGCCGGUUCGCGCUGGAGGUGGUUGACGCUGUGGCGCGGGAGGUGGGCGGGCACCGCAUGGGAGUCUGUCUGGACCAGUUCACCACCACCGGCACCGGCACCGGUGAGGAGCACGCCGUGGCGCUCCACGUGGUGAGCCGGCUCAACGAUCACGGCGUGCUCUACUGCCACAUGAUCGAGCCGAGGAUAGAGGGGCGGCGGCACGUCUCCCGGCAGCUGCUGCCUUUCAGGGAGGCGUUCGACGGUACGUUCAUCGCCAACGGCGGCUACGGACGGGAGGAGGGGGACGCGGCCGUCGGCGAGGGGUAUGCCGACCUGGUGGCGUACGGGCGGCUGUUCCUGGCGAACCCGGACCUGCCGAGGCGGUUUGAGCUUGCCGCGCCGCUUAACGACUGCAACAGGGCCACCUUCUACGGCGCCGGCGACACCGACACCGCCGUCGGAUACACGGACUACCCGUUCCUCGAUCGUGUGAUGUGAUGAUCGACCUCGCAAAGUGUUGCGUUCGGCUCCAU